AUGUCCUCGCCCCAACACCCGGAUCAUCUCAAACCGCCCCCAAGGCCGAUAGCCAUCCGGCGGGAGUACAUCGCAGCCGAGGAAACAACGUUGAUCGUGACGAACCGCGCGGAGCCAUGGCAUUCGCUGGAUUAUUCGGUCGAGCUCGAGGGAACCACUAUCCUCACCGUGUGUGGCCAGCCGUGGAGUCUCGGCCAGCGGAAGGUGUUCCAUGACCGGUCGGGCUUGCCCCUGUUCGAACUACAGUGCCCAUGGUACGAUUCGUCUAUCAUGUCUCUGAGGCUCCCCGGUGGCACGGGGAGGGAGAUACUGUCCGCCAAGUUGAGGGUUGCGGUACAGUCCCCUAGUGCGGUAGUGACAUUCGAAAAUGCAGUGGGCUAUGGAGAGAGGGAUUCAAAGCCCAAGGCUGUCAGCGAGAGCAAAGCUGUCGCACCAGAUUUUGUCAAGAUGGAGGUCCACCGACUGGACUUUGAAAACAUUGUCCAAGUGGUGGUUUUGGAGAAUUGCCGUGUGGCGUAUAUCAAUCGCAUCACAGACCGAGGAGAGCUCACUGAAGGACAACGGCCGCCGUUUCGCUUUCGGCCCAAAUGGAGGGUGACAGUGGCACGUGGAAUUGACGUUUCGCUGAUCGCUGCCCUCGUGGUUAUUGCGGGCAGACGCACAGGAGCAGUCAUGGAAUCAACGAACUGA